ACACUGCACCUUCCUUGGUCUCUGUCUCUGUCUGUCUCUCUGUAAUUCGGUCAGUGGCUGAGCAGCGCAGGGGAGGAAAUGGCCAGUCCCAGCGUUAAAGACAUGUCGUGGGGACAUCAACACCAAGACUCCAGCCCUGCUCCAGCAUUCACAGAGGCUCACACAUGGAUAGAACAAGUCACAGGCAGGAGCUUUGGAGAUAAGGAUUUCCGAGCAGGUUUGGAGAGUGGAAUCGUACUUUGCGAAUUGUUGAAUGCCAUCAAACCUGGAGCUGUGAAAAAGAUCAAUCGACUACCAACUCCCAUUGCAGGACUAGACAACAUUGCCUUGUUUUUGAGGGGUUGCGAAGAACUUGGACUAAAGGGAUCACAGCUGUUUGACCCGGGUGACCUUCAAGAUACAACCAACAAGUCUUCAAUCAAGGUAACUGAAUACAACAGGAAGCUGAAAAAUGUUUUGAUCACUAUUUACUGGUUGGGAAAAGCAGCAAACAGCUGCCCAUCUUACAGCGGGCCAACACUCAACCUGAAGGAAUUUGAGGGAUUGCUGUCUCUGAUCCACAAGGAGACCGAGGACACAGACAGCCCAAAGCGAAGCAUUCGUGACAGCGGUUACAUCGACUGUUGGGACUCUGAGCGCAGCGACUCUCUGUCACCACCCCGUCACGCCAGGGACGAUUCCUUUGAUAGUCUGGAUUCCUUUGGCUCGCGGUCACAACAGACACCAUCCCCAGAGGUGAUACUGAAGGGAAGUAGUGACGGUCGCGGCAGUGACUCGGAGUCCGAUGUGCCACAGAAAGCGCCGGAUGUGAAACGUGACGACAUGUCGUUGAGACGGGCAUCCUACCAUGAGCCCAAGGCCAACCUGCCUUUCAACCAGUACCUGCCCAACAAGAGUAACCAGACCGCUUACAUGCCAGCGCCUCUUCGGAAAAAGCGGGCGGAGCGAGGAGAUCAUUAUCGGAAGAGCUGGAGCAAUGCAACCUCACCUGUGGGAGGAGAGCGGCCCUUCAGUCAUCCUGAGCCUAUAGAAGAAGAGUGCAGUGAUGAGGAAUUUGCAGAGACACUUCCUGCGUUGUCCAGCGUUCGAGGGGUUGAAGACACCGAGGCAACUGAGAAGCUCAAAGUGUCAGGCGGUGAGAACUCCGGUGCUUGUGGCAAACAACUGCUCGUUUGUGUGGCUGAGUGUUCAGAGCACGAGGCCCCCAAAGGAGACACAAAAGGGGAGGAGAAAGAUGAUGAAGAGGCAAAACUGAAAAGAAUGCAGAAAGCUGGCAUCACAGUCAUGCCCGCUUCUAAGCGUUACACCAGCCCAAAUCCAUUCGAGGAAAACAGUGGCCAAACCACGCCAGAUAUCAUUCUCCGCAGGGAGAACGCUUUUUUGACAAACACUCAAAGCGUCGAUCUGGAGUCGGAGGAAGAGGGAGAGGAAGAGGAGCAAAAAAUGCCAGAUCUGGAGAAAGAUGACCUUGCCUUGCGGAGGACACAACUGAGUCAGUUCAAACCCAAAGUGGUCACCAAUCAGUUCCUACCAGGACCUUGCACGAAGAAGGAUAAGGAGCGAUGGGAGAACAUUAAAAAGUCCUCACAAAAAGCUGCCAGCAACUCUCAAGCUAGACAUCGGAAAAGGCCAAGCCCAAAUCACAUUCAGGCCACAGAGAGCAAGGCAGUUGCGCCACAGAAAGGGAAGACGUUCCUCAAGUCCCAGCGACGGAGCGAGUCUGAAGAAGAAGAGCCAACGAAAGCAAAAGUCCCAGAUGUGCAGCGAGAUGACUUGGCCAGGAGGAAAACCCUGGGUGGACUUACAAGUCGCCAUGAACCUCAGACCUUCAUUCCUACUACUGUCACACAGGCUGAUAUGGAAAUAUGGGAGAGGCUUAAGGUUUCCACUGACACAAGUGAGGAAGCUCCCAAGUCACUUAGACAUAAUUGUGAAGUGGAGCCAUUGCCCAAAAUUGAAGUAGAGAAAGCGACUCAAGAUGAUCUUGCCGGUCGUAAGGCGAGAGCCAAUAAACGUGCUUCGGGCAGCUGCCAGCGCUUUGUGCAUUUCGGCCCAGUGACUGAGAUAGAUCAGAAACGGUGGGAGAAGCUGAGCAUCGCCAAGGCUGGCUCAGACAAUGAGCCAGAGGACAAGGCAGGUAGCUGUGCUAUCAAGGCCUACACCUGUCAUCUCUUACCUUCAGUAGUCUCGGCAGUAGUCCAGACCUCACACGAUAGUGAGAGGGGAGAUCAAUCUCAAGACAUUGCUGAGAGGGAGAUCUGUUUGGCUUCGUACAAUGAUCUCAGCAGUAAACCCGAGGAAACCUUUACAGAAAUGUGCACAGCUGAGUAUUUUCGAAACCCUCCCUCACCAGUCCUGACCGUCCAGACUGUCAAUCUGAACGAAAGCAUUUAUAGUUCUAGUGAGGGAGAGGAAGACGAAGGGAAGAUCCCAGAUUUGGAGAAGGAUGACAUGAUGACACGCCGGAUAGGAGCCACCUGCAAGGCAAAAGGUCCUGCCUUUCAGCAGUUCCUCCCAGUUCCCAGCUCACAAAAAGGGGAGUCAAAGAAUGAGCCUCUUAAAGAAUACGAAAAGGACACAAAGAAUGUGAGGAGCUCCAAGGAUGAAGCACCGUGGACAUACAGUCCUACAGCUGCCCUUUCUGAUGAUGCAGGAAGUGUCAGCAUGAACGACAUGAGGCCUGAAGAUGACACUCUGGUGGAGCCGCACAGCAAAGCCCGACAUGAGGAAAUACGCAACAUUCACAAUCGGUUGCGUGAGGAACAGGACAAAUGGCAAGAUGACCUAGCUCGCUGGAAGAGUCGGAGAAGGAGUGCCUCCCAGGAUCUUAUCAAACGAAAGGAAGAGCGGGAAUUUGUGGAAAAAAUAAUGAGUGGAGAGCAAAAUUUAUCUGACAGACGGAAGAGCAUCAAAACAUACAAGGAAAUUGUAGAGGAAAAAGAACGCAGAGAGAAUGAGCUUCAAGAGGAGUACAAGAAAGCAAGAAACCCUGAAGAAGCUCAAGCCAUUCUGAAACGAUACUCUCAGAGAUUUAUCAUCAGCGAAGCUGUUCUGGAAAGCUUGCAGUUGCCAAAAUGCCUGGAGAGAAGCCAGUCUGUAGAUUCGGACUCUUCAUCCUCACCAACAAAAGAUACUAAUGUACUCAAGUACUUACGGCAACAGUCUCUGCCGGCCCAAAAAUAUACUGCCACAGUCGAAGCAAUGAUCAUUCCCCCCAGCCAAUCGCAGCUGAAUUUUUCCACAGGGUUAACAUCUCCGACCAGAACUGUUGCCUCAAAGGCAGUGCCUAUGUUAACUCCCAAGCCUUAUUCACAACCAAAAGAUUCACAGACGGUGUUGAAAUCAUUUAAGGUAGACGGAAAAAUUAAGAUGAAUGGAGAAACCAGCCCGACAUUUACCAGAGUUGAAGGGAAAGAAUGCACAUCUGUGGUUUCUGCUCUAUCCCUUACCAAAUCACAGAUGUUUGAAGGUGUAACACAAGUGGACUGCCACCCAUUAAUAUCACAGACUGAUGAUGGCAAGCUUGCGGCCAGACCUGAACUUGUGAAUUGUCUUUCAGUCAACAACAAGGAGAAUAAAGCUACAGAGAAGGAGGGCACUGAGACGUCAGUCAGUAUUGCCAUCACGCAAAAGAUAAGCACAGAGGAGAAAUCUGACUCGAACUUGUCCUGUAAUGAGAUUGAAAGACAGAUUGCAGUGGACGCAGCACAAGAAGAUUGUAAGGAAGACCAUCGAUGUUAUUCAGAAACAUCAACUCCACAUGAUGUGUUUUCAAGCAAUUUGGAUCCAAAGAAUGCAAUUGUGACUGAAGGGGUCACUGAUAAAAGUGUCUCCUUAAAUCAUGAAGGGGAAGAGCCCAGGGAGAGUGCACAGAAGUGGCAUGUACAAGAGAUGUUGAACCAGGGAUACUUCAACAAGAUAAAGCAGGUGAUGCGCUGGACUCAGCUCAGAGAAAAAAAUCCUGACAGUGAACUGGACGACAAGAACCAUCAGCCUGCAGAUGUUGCUGAACUUCAAGAGCCACCUAACCCUGCCAGUGUUCCGCUUACAGUUCGGAACUCCUGGCGACGCUCAGAGUUUUUCUCACAGUCAGCUGAAAUGGAGGCCAAAGAAAAUUUAAAUAUCCCAGUCGCUCCCUUAAAUAUCCCCAAGUGCUUUGAACGCUGGUCUUGGGAUCCAGAAGAAGAACGCAAACGCCAGGAACGAUGGCAGAAAGAGCAGGAACGCUUGCUCCAGGAAAGGUACAGGAGGGAGCAGGAGAAGCUCCGCCAAGAGUGGGAGAAGGCACAGAAGGAAGUGGAGGAGGAAGAACGUAGGUACCACGAAGAGGAACUUAAAAUCAUUCAGGAAACUGUGGCACCAAUAACUUCACGAUCAACUGGAUUCUCAAACCAGAUCCCCACAGAGUGGAUCUCACCACCAAUAACUGAGGAAAACAGAAAUCCUGCGCCCAUUGAGGAGACUGCAGCAGACAGGAAGCACAAACAGCUGGCUUUGCAGAAUCAGAAGCAGAUGGUGGAAGCAGAGAAUUGGCAGCCAAAGGAAGAGUGCCAAAGACUGGCAGAGGAAGAGAGGAACAGACAAGCAGCGCAAGAGAAAGGGGGCCAGGCAGGAGAACAGCAAAGGUUGACAUCAGAGCAAGUGGAAAAACUGAGCUCUAAGAAAGAUGAAAAUGUACAAAAGGAUCAUUGGGAUGACACCGCAAAGAACAAGUCAGAGAAUUCAAACUGGCAGGAGGUCAAUCAGCUGACAAAUGAAGAGCAAAGGUUAAAUUUGCAGACUGUGGCCCACACCAAUCAAAUGGAGACAGAAGUUGUUAGUGAAAGACUGAAACACGCAGACUGGCAAACAUCCACCACAGUCCACCAGCAACCCACAGCUCAGGCCGCAGGCUCCCCGGUAAAUUCAGACAGAAUUUGGAACACACAAGAGCUUCCACCAUCGCUUGAGCUUCAGAGAAUGAAAUCACACGGAGUCCAGGAUGAACAGAAGACCAUGUCUCUGGACAGAAGCUGGACUCAUCAGUCUAAUACAGGCAACACAAAGCGGUCUGGAUCUCAUGAAAAUUUACAGUCAGGUCAAUCUGUGCCACUUCCACACUCAACCUCUUCUCUGCAGCUCCAGUCACCUAGCAGGUCGGUCAGUGGUAAAAAGCUAUGUUCAACUUGUAGACUUCCCCUUGGGAAAGGAGCAGCCAUGAUCAUCGAAACACUUAGUCUUUAUUUCCACAUUCAGUGUUUCAAGUGUGGAAUCUGUCAAGGACAACUUGGAGACGCAACCACUGGGACAGAUGUACGGAUCCGCAAUGGUCUUCUGAACUGUCAUGAGUGUUACAUCAGGUCCCGAAUUGCUGGACAACCCACUACUUUAUGACCCUAAUGCGUAUUAACAACAGUCACUGGAAACCGGAAGGGACACAAGUGGACCGGAUGCUCAGUGCUGCCCUUCGUGUUGACUGCUUAACUGACAAUCGUGAAUAGGAACUAUCACUCACUGGCUUUUUCAUUAAGAGAAACACUCAGCAUUUUCACCACUUGUUAUAACCUGUGUUACUUUGACAGCCUAUACCUUGGAUCAUUUUCAUGUUUAGUGAAACCCCCAUUCUUUUGUGCGCAUAGAAACAAAAAUAGCAUACUUUGAUAUAUAUUUGCUGUUGAAAAAGCUUUUAACUGGAUUCAACAAGUAUUUAAUUAAUAUUGUGUGAUAUGUAAUUUAUUUUAUUGCCGUUCUCCAAUUAUGAGAAAAGUAAGACGUAAAGGUGCAACGAUUAUGCGAAUAAGUGAAUAAAAUACAUUUGUCCUUUAGAGUUAGAAAUAACCUCCUUUACCUGGAUCUAACCUGAGCCAUCUGUGUGACAUUGAGAGAAUGCAGCAAUCAUUCAAAUUUGAUAGAUUUACAAUUGUUCCAAUAUUGUAGAGUACUUAGUACCACAGGUAUAUUUCUUCAUAAUGUAAGAAUAUCAUCUCAAGGUCUGGCAUGCAGAAAACAAAAAGGAUAAUGAGGCAAUAACUAUGCUGUUCUUUCAUAGUAGCUAAUAACAAAAUGCAACUACAGAAUUUAUAAAUGUAUCAUAAAUCACACGAUUAAAUAAAAAUGAAAAGGAAAGCUUAAAUCUUUUGUCUUCUAGGGAGAACUUGUAUGUCAGUCUGAGGUUUAUUGCACCCCGCUCGCUGUGUUAGAAGGAAUAUAGUGAAUAAUCCAAGCCUGUGCUCAAAUAUUUAUUUGUCGCUGUUAGAGACAUCGGAUCUCAGAUUUUCAGUAUUGGAUAUCUUUCACCUAUUGUUUAGCUAAUUACUCCGAAUUCUUGUUUAUUUUCAUUGCAAAAAGAAAACAUUUAGUGGAAUAUAUACUUCAAGAUAGAGAUUGGUGGGUUUGUAGUAAAAUUAUACUAGGGUACCACUUACAUUCAGGCAACAGAAAGAGGAAGGAAUUGACUUUCUCCCAGCCCAUAAUUAGGUUUUCCUGGAAAUUAUGGAGCCUGACUGUGUUGUAACCCAGCCAGUUCCCCAUGUUUUUUUCCUAUUUGUUUGUUGUUUCCUUAUAUUUUUCUCUGUAUGCCUGUAAGUAGAGAUCAACCAAGAAAAGUAUUGGAACAAUGAAAUUCCAACACCAUUUUAAACAGGAAAAAAAUCAGGAGGUGAAGAUGCCAUGGUUCAUAACAGAUUCAGUGUUAUGGAGUUUGGGAUUUUUCACCCCAAGAUUGAGUUGAACAGUGUCCCCAAAUGCUUCAUUAGCUCUUGUUAUUUGAGUGGUAAAUGUAACAGAUUUGAAAACAUGAGAAGUCUACCUUGGAACUGAUCAGAACACAAUGAACAUUGAUUUAGCAUUUUUGCAUUUCCCCUUUAUAUUGCUAAGCCCUUAUUUCCAAUACACAGGAAUUCCUAAAGAUAUGGCAAUUACCCCAAAACAAAAAUAAAAUUAUUUUGGCGAUUGUUGCACCUUUAUUAUUAUAAAACGUUCUGCCUAACAGAGUAUCAGAAUCAUGUUUUUUUUAAUUAUUAAAAAAAACUCAGCCUUUCUAAGCAGGGAAUAAUUGGAUUGCGUUCAGCUAGUAUAAAUUAUUUCAGGAGCUGCCACAUCACUGCUGGAGUAAUCGGUAUGACUAGCGAGGACUUUAGCAAAUGACUGUGGAACUGAAGACUCAUUACUUGAAGUGGAUGGACCAGCUGGAAAUUGUGCUUUUUAUUGUUUAUGUAUUUUUAGUUCUAAAAUAUCAUUAUAUGCACCGCAGACUUUUAAAAUGUCACUCUCUUUGAUUUGUGAUUAAAGUCGCCAAAGCAAUCAAACAAUUAUACAGUAACUAGACCGAGACAUACCAUAAUUCCUUGCUUAGCAAAUAGAUGGGUCUGAACCCGAUACUUGGAAAUGAUUCUGUGGAGAACUGCGAGCACCUGAUAAGCCAGCUGCAUUGUAUCUAUCUGCCUCAGUCAGCCGCAAUACAAUAACACUUUGGUUCACUUAGAUCCUAGACUUUAAUGUGGGAUAAAUAUUAAAAAUGUGGCCCACCAAAAUUGAACGACAGUGUUAAAGAGCAAGCAAAUAAGCAGCCCUCUCUUUUCCUUGGUUGAGCAAAAAAUAUUUUUUAAAUAUUAAAAAAGGUUGGCAUUUAUUUAUUGAAAUAGAUAAAGCCACGUUUUGCAUGCUAAUUGAGGCCUCGAACAGAGGAAUCAUAAGAUAACUGUUUGCUGUAUUUUUUUUUAUUUGUAACCAUUGCCUGAUCGGUUUGUUGGAAUGUUAUAUGUUAGGUUCUUUCACAUUAAAACCGUGCCUUAGAAAAUGCAGGCUGUUGCACAUAGACGGUCAGAAAUAUUGAGCAUGUAUGUGAAUCAGACAUAAUUGGUGCCAUGUCUGCUAAGGAUGUGCUCUGGAGUGAGCUGGGUGCAAGCGGUGCUAGGAAGCAGACUGGAUCCUGAGGUCCAAAGGGCUUACUGCACGUGGUCAGCCAACAGUAGACUGAAGUUUUUGACCUUUCUGCAUGGUUUCAGCAAUAGCUGAUGUUGCUCCUGCAGAGAGAGAAACAUCCGUUGUGUAAAAUACAAGUUUUAGCACAAGGGAUUUUUAAAGUGGACUUUUUACAUUUUCUUGUACUCGCGCCCUCCUGAGAACUUACGGAUGUGGAGGAAGUCAUGAACGUAAAUGUAGUAGCACAUUUUGUACGUGUUCCAAUAGCCCCAUUUACAAACCUGUUUUUUUUGUUUGUUUUAAAAAUAUAUAUAUUUUAAAUGGAGACACUUUGGACCAGAGUCACUAAGCACAAGUGGUAACAUUACAAGUAACUUCCUGACCUGUAUUGACUUGCAGUCAACACAGAUUACUUAAAUAUCAAUACUUAAAACUCCCACCCGACAGUACUGCAGGCUUCCCUGGAAAAGACAUUGUGAAACACAUUCCUGAAUCGGGAAUGAUAGGAGCAGCACAUUUGUAUUUUGUGGUUGAGUGUGAAUCAGAGAAAGAAAUAAGGGUCUGUAGCAACGUGAAUUGCAGCGUGAGUGCAUGUCAAAGACAGAACAAAACCUGAACUAGCCUUAGCACAAUAACAACAACUUGCACUUAAAAUAGUGGCUUUUUUAUAAGGCACCACCUUGAAGCAUUUUACAGAGACGGAAUAGAAGUCCGGGCAUGUCGGGAGAAGGGAAAGGUAGGCAUGAGUCAGGUGAUGGCAUAGUCGAUGAGAGAGAAUUUGAGGUGAGUUUUGAAAGCAGAGGCAGAAGUAUUUUGGGAGAGCGCAGUAAUGUUAUUACCCUAAGCAGAGUUGAUCCCUUUCAUCAACCGAUAGUGUGGGCCCCCCCCCCCGAUAGCAUCUGAACCAAAAACAUUAGGAUUGCUUCAGUACAAAUAAAAAAUAGCCAAGGCAAAGGUAUUAUUUAGAGGUUACAUUUUGUUUUAAAAAUGUUCCACUUAUAGGUUUGGUUGACUUGCACUGAAUUUGGUAAGUGUAGUAAGUCCAUGUUUGGCUCAAAUGUCAACAUUAAGCUUUGUCAAAGGCUCAUGCCGUAUUUGUACCAGAUUGCCACCAGACUCCGAAAUUCAUGUUUGCAUGAUUGGAUGCAGUAUUUUAACAGCAGCAUGCAGUGAUUCUCUGCCACCAUUGACCAACAUGAAUGUCUGCAUAAAGAGCUCAUAACUGUACUUGGUUAACAAGGUUUGUCCAAAGCAUGCUUGACCAAACAUGGACUUAAGCUGGUGAAUAAUUGUAACUGGGGCUAGUGUUCAAACAUAAAUGAUUGAAACUGUCUGAUAUAUGCUACAGUUCAACUUAUUAUGCUGUAUUUAUUGUGAUUUGCCUCUAGAAAUAAUAAAAAGUACAAUGUGUUCAAAUAAUGCAACAGCUUUUAUAGUACAUGUAUGUUGUUUAUAAAUAAAAUGUUUAAAAAUUAA